CUUUUUCGCAGCCAUUUUAAUUUCAUUCAUUGGAUUUUACUGUUUUGGAUUUUUUGACGACGAAGUUGUGUCAGUUAUUGUGUUUUAACGGGUAAUGUUAAACAAAACGUGAAAAUUAUUGAUCACAACGACUUCGAUACGAACAAGUUACAUUUAUAGUAUCUACGCAAUAGUUUGUAAAACCUGUAACAUAAUUUUGUUAUGAAUCGUUAAACAUCCUUGGAAUCUCAUAUACCUAUUGAAAGUAGUGUAAAUUGUUGCAAACAUGGAAUCUCCAAGACAGUCAGAUUCUGAUACUGUGGAGUAUUGGAAGAAACAAGCAAAGCAUUAUGAACAAAAGGUCAUCGAUUUACAACAAGAAUUGGACGAUUACACCGAAAACUCAGCACAACUUGAAAAAGAAUUAGAAGCAUCAUUAGUACAAGUUGAGAAACAAAACAGAGAUCUUGAACAUCAAAAUCAACGAUUGAAAAACGAAAUUGAAAUGUUAAGGAACAAAUUGGAAAGAAGUCAGCAUGAAACAAAUGCCUUAGAGAAUGAACUUCAAGCAUUAAAAAUAGAUAAGGAUAAACAAGGAGUGUAUAUCAGAGAGCUAGAACAAAAAAAUGAUGAUUUGGAGAGAGGUCAGAGAGUAAUAUCAGAAUCAGUGUCAUACAUUGAAUCACUGUUAAACCAAGCAUACGAAAGAAAUGCUGUCCUGGAGAGUGAGGUUGAUGAAGUGGAGACUUUGAGGAUCAGACUGCAAAGAGCAACAGAUGAAGCUAGAGAUCUGAAGCAAGAACUGAAGGUAAUGGAAAAGGUUCCCAAACCAAAGAAGGGAGAUGACAGUACACUUGAUAGCUCCUUAGUCAACGGACAUAUCUCGAACCCAACUCGGACUCAAGUUGAAAUAGAAACACAAACUUCUCUGAUGUCACCACAAAAACGUGAAAUAAAUGGCAACGGAAUGACACCAUCGUCUCGGGUAACGGCCAUAAAUAUAGUUGGCGAUUUACUACGCAAAGUGGGGCUUGAAAGGUUUCUUUGCCGUGAAUGUGGUAAGAUAAAAUGCUCCUGUGACACGCCUGCAGCUGCUUCUCAAAUAACUACGCCGAGCGACUCCACCGCCACAGAGAAUGGAUUGACUAGCAAUGACGUUGAUACUGGCGGUCCUGUCGAGUACAGGACCCCCCAAAAAGUACAAUACGUACGAUCACAUUCAGGAUCUGAACGUAGUUCUAUAGUAAAGAACUCACCUGUUUUAACAAACCGCGCAUCCGAACAACCGUUCGUGCGUUCCACACAAGCAGAGAAUGGGAAAUUAAGAAGAUCAUUUGCCGUACGGUCUCGAGAGGGCUUAGAGAACUUGUUAAGUUUUGCUUCUAUUAGAAAGGGGCAUGAUCAUUCAAAGAAAGUCCGAAACUAAUGUGAUUUAGUUUUUAUGAAUAUGAAAUAGUUCAAUGCAUUGUUAUAGCUUUACUAGAGAUUAAUGUUUUUUUUUCUUUUGAUGUUUUUUUAUUGUUUACGUAUCGACACAUCCGUAAAUAUUGAAUGAAUCUAUUGUAUUUAGCUGAAAUUAAAAUGAUAAUUUAGAACUAGACUAAUAGUUUUACACUAAGAAUUUUACAACAUAACAGAAAAUGACUGCUGUAAUAUAAUAGUGUUAUUGUCUGUAUUAAACUGCAUUUUAUUUAUUUAAAUAAUAUUUUCAGCUCGUCACGCCUCAUUUGUACAUAGUGUAUAGUUGGCUUUAAAUAAUAGGUGUUGGUUAUCACCGCAAAUAAUUUCCUAUCACCUACUAAUAUUAACAUCAUCAUUUACUGUGUACUUUUCUUCAUUGUAGGCUUUGGAAUCAAAGUUAGCGUCGUGUCGCGGUACAGUUAGACCUAAAGAACAUUCACCAAAUUCAGCCUCGGAUGUGAAUAAGGACUACAGGUGUGUACUCAAGAACUAGAUACGUCCAUCAUAUCAUCACUUCUGUAUCGUGACGUGCCGCCCGCGCCCGCGCCGCAGCGUUUAGCUUCUAACAUAGUGUGAUACUAUAUCGAGCGAAUCUUCAAACAUCGCUUAUCUUGCUGAUCAUAAUGAAUUCAACUCGAGUACUGUGAUCAUAAUCACAAUUUUCCUAAUUUUACUAAUAUCUGUGAUGAUAAUGAAAUAGUUAAGGAUCGGUAUAUCUAUGUGAACGGUUUUGGCCUACCCACCGGAGGACUAGCACUGUGUGAAUUACAUACCGCACACCAUGUAGUUAUUAGCUUCACGAAACAUGUGUUGUUUCUAUAAUAAAUUAAUGAUAAUAAAAAUUAAUGCGUCCAUCUUGAAAAACAAAAAAAAAAAAACUAAAAUGUGUUAGUUUACCGUGUCUUUCGGUAAUAUAGAUCUGUUCGAAUUCACUUCAGAAUGAAUAGUUAUUGUUAUAAUAUUGAGUUAAUGUCUAAAAUAAUUAUCACUUGAGUGCACGUUUUCUCGGUGUAAAUUUUAGGAGCUAUUGGACUCACCUUUACAUUACUACAUUAAAUAAAAAAAAAGAUACUUUAGUCUAUUGGUGGACAAAAAUAUUUUCGAAUGAUAUUUAUGUAAAUAGUAGGUAAAGAGGUAUGAAUGAAAUUGUUAAAAUUUAAAAUAUUAAAAAUUUAUCAGUAAAAUUUGCAAUGACAUUAUUUAUAAAUCUAUGUAUGUAAUAUGUAUUGUAUAAUAUGUAUUUUGUACUUGCAUAAUAGUUAUAUAUUUAUAAAGAUGCUAUCAAAUCUAUGUAUUCGACAAUACAUGAGAAUAUUAUUAUUAUAGCAAUAAAUGUUUAAGUUAGAUUUCUUCGUAUCUGUUCUGUAUCGCCAUGAGGUACUAUAUUAAUAUGAGGAUUUUUACAAUAUCGACAAGAAUAAUUUAAUAACAACAUUCUAAUAAUAUAAUCAGGUGCUCAAUACACAAUUAGUUAAAUACUUAGAACUGGAACGAUUUGAAUACUAUUUUUAAGAAUUCGUUUGAUUUUAUAGAUUUUCGAUAAUGAUUGUAGGUGUUGCAGAAAUAAUUUCGUGACUAACCAUAAUUAUUAUUGGGCAAUAAUUGCAUGAGUGUAUCACUACAUUGUUCUUAGCAUGCACUAAUGAUUGUGUUAAGUGUUCGUCAUUCCCUUAAUAUGUAUAGAGGGCGUACGGAUCGCUGUCAUGGAAACUAAAACCAAACAUUCGAUGUAUUGUUUGUACAUGUCUUUAAAUAACGUUUUGUCAAGGAACCCAGUAUUGUUUUAUACUAAAUCCGGGAUCAACAUCAAAAUUCCCUCAUCGCGCAUGUUUUAUCGGUGUUGCGACGAUGACGUCAUCUUACUUUGCUAGGCCAGUAGGCCAUCAAUGAGAUAACAACUAGAUUAAAAUGCACUUAGAUAACAAACAAAAUUAUCGAUAACAGUAACAACUUAAUACGCAUGGCCCAUUCCACAAUUAAUAAUUUCACAUAAAUUAGUUUUAAUUACAUAUUUUUUCAUGUAAAGCUCACAUCAAUAGGUUGUAGUUCUAGUUUCCAUAACAGUGUUCCACAUGCAGUGUAUAACAUUUCUUUGUAUUUGGCAUUGUUAUCACCAAGUUAAUAAAAGAUCAUUCUAAUCUAAUUGAAUAUUUCUUAGGAUAACAAGCUUGGUACAAAAUAAUUGUAUUAAUUUAAUAUUAUGACGAGAAAGUCGUGUCUUGCCCUAAACACUUAGUAUACAAGUAGCAGCAACUUUGGUUUUCAAUUACAAUUUCACUACAUUCUGUCAUUCAUUAUUAACUAAACUAAUAAAACGAGAGAAUAUGAAAUGAAAACAAAUGACUGUAGGUAGAAUUUGUAAUUUUCAAUAAUAUUUCUGCUAUAUAAUCUCAACACUGUGUUUACAAUAACAUAUAACUGUUACAAAAUAGCCCCAAACAAAAAUAGUGUGUAAUUAGAAACUCACAAUGUAAUGUACCUCUAAAGUUGAUUUGUUUGAGGUCUUAAAUAAAUAAUAAUGUAUUCUAAAUUGUUCUAAAUAGUAAAAUCUACAGAUUUAGUUGGUCGAAACAAUGGUUUGUCAAUUGCGUAAUGUUACUCAAAUGUAUUUGCCCAGUUUGCUGCAAAUAGUUUUAAGUAUUUAGCAUUUAUACGUUCACGCGUGUGGUGACCAAACAACUUUUUAUUUUUUACGCAAUAUGAAAUAUGGAACGAUAAUAAAGUACGUCAAAACGGAACACAA